UGCUGGGGGAAAACCUCUUUUGACCGGCUCAUCCUUUUUGGCUCUGAUUUGCUCACGGGAAGUGCCGGCGGAAAACCUUUUCUGACCGGCACAUCCCUUAUCAUUCCUCUCGUUCAAAGUUAAGCCAGAACCCCGAUAAAUGCUUUAAAGCCAAUGGCGGGAAUAUUUGGCGCCAUUCCGUAGAACACAUGUUGCGCGGGAGAAUUUUUUGGGGGCAGACACACUCUCUCUCUAUAUUGCGUAGUUACUCUCUCUCUAUCAGUCCACCUCUUUUUGCAAUACCCAACUCAUCAACUACCCUCUCAUCUCUCUCGAGUCCUCCAAUGGCCGACCAAAACCCACAAAUCAACGGUUCCGAAACCAACGAGCCCUCCCCCAAGAUUCAGAAACUUGAGCAGAACGGCGUCCGUGGGACCCCCAAUUCGGUCACGAACCCGUUCUUGAGAGUGAAGAAGCUUUCCGAGAAAGCUGUCUUGCCGUCGAGAGCAUCCCCUCUCUCCGCUGGUUAUGAUCUUUCUAGCGCCACAGAGAUCAAAGUACCAGCUAGAGGAAAAGCCCUGGUUCCAACAGAUUUGAGUAUUGCAAUUCCAGAAGGAACAUAUGCCCGUAUAGCACCACGAUCUGGGUUGGCAUGGAAGCAUUGCAUUGAUGUUGGAGCGGGGGUGAUCGAUGCUGACUACAGGGGUCCAGUUGGGGUCAUCCUCUUCAACCAUUCUGAUGUCGAUUUUGAAGUGAAGGUCGGCGAUCGGAUUGCGCAGCUGAUAAUUCAGGUAAUCAUGAUGCCUGAUGUGGUGGAGGUCGAGGAUUUGGAUUCCACUGCUAGGGGCGCUGGUGGGUUUGGGUCUACUGGAAUUUAGAACAUUAGAUCAUAGCAGGAUCAGAAUGCGUUAGCUCUUAGGAUUUCAUGUGUUCUUAUGAUUUUCCUUUUUAUGAAUUGGAGUUGUCGUUGGGAUGACUGGUUAUGAAUGCUCGUUGGUCCUGUUGGUAAUUUUUUCAAGCA